AUGGCAGUGACAUCCGACGAGUCGUGCAUGGCAGUGACAUCCGACGAGUCGUGCAUGGCAGUGACAUCCGACGAGUCGUGCAUGGCAGUGACAUCCGACGAGUCGUACACGGCGGUGGCGUCCGACUGCAGAUCGUGCACGGCGGUGGCGUCCGACUGCAGAUCGUGCACGGCGAUGGCGUCCGACGAGUCAUGCACGGCGAUGGCGUCCGACGAGUCAUGCACGGCAGUGGCGUACGACUACAACAGGUCGUGCACGGCGGCAGUUGCGUCCGACUGCAGAUCGUGCACGGCGUCGGCACACGACGAGUGUUGCAUGGUGGUGACGUCCGACAAGUCGUACACGACGGCGUCUUCCGGCGUCUAG